CUGAAAGGCAACAAAUUUAACACCCACAUCCACGCAUUCACACUCACUCUAGACACCUUUCUUGCCCUUGUCUAUAGGAUCUCCAUAGCAGGAAUAGACAUUUGUGCUGACAGUUGCAACGCAAUCGCUGACACCGGCACCUCACUCAUUGUUGGCCCUUACGCGGGUGUAAGAAAGAUCGCAGUCGCGGUUAAUGCCAAGGCCCUGCCAGGCGGCACAUUCCUCGUCUACUGUGACUCAGUCCCCACUCUGCCCAACGUAACAAUAACUUUCGAGGGCAGAGAUUUUGUUCUGGCAGGUCAAGAAUAUGUGAUAAAGGUCACCCAGUUUGGUCACGACAUCUGCCUCCUUGGCUUCAUGGGUUUGGACAUCCCAGGCCGCGAGCUCUGGAUCCUGGGUGAUAUAUUCCUUGGCAAGUACUACACCAUCUUUGACAGUGGAAACAGGAGACUGGGUUUUGCUGAGGCUGUCAAAACCCCACCGGAGGACGAUGAGUAUUCGACUGCUUCAACAGAACGUACCAAGCGCGCACCCCCUCUCAACCUACGUACCGUCCUGCCGCUUGUGCCGCUGUUCCCAGCACAGUGUGACAACUGUCCCCGCCCGACUGCAGUCUAA